CUUCCUCCGGCGCUCGGCGGGCCCGCGGCGCCAGACCCGGCUCCGCGCCGUCCGUCCUCCUCGCGCUGCGGCUCGUCACCUCCGGGGCCCCCGCCUGCCAGGGCCGGGGCCGCCGCCGCCGCCGCGGCAGGACGGGGAGGCGGGCCAUGGCGUCCUGCGUGGGGAGCAGGACCCUGAGCAAGGACGAUGUGAACUACAAGAUGCAUUUCCGGAUGAUCAACGAGCAGCAAGUGGAGGACAUCACCAUCGACUUCUUCUACCGGCCGCACACCAUCACGCUGCUCAGCUUCACCAUCGUCAGCCUCAUGUACUUCGCCUUCACCAGGGAUGACUCUGUCCCAGAAGAUAACAUCUGGCGCGGUAUCCUCUCUGUUAUUUUCUUCUUUCUUAUCAUCAGUGUGUUAGCUUUCCCCAACGGCUCAUUUGGCUUCUCUGAGCUCAGCGUGGUGCCAAUUACAUCCCUGAGAUUUGAAGGUGAUCCAGAAGGUCCCGGAACAGCGUGGGCCUGUCACAGGGAGUCACAGAGUAACCGAGGUCCAUUUACUCGGCCUCACCCAGCCUUAUGGAGAAUGGUUUUUGGCCUCAGUGUGCUCUACUUCCUCUUCCUGGUCUUCCUCCUCUUCCUGAACUUCGAGCAGGUGAAGUCCAUCAUGUACUGGCUAGAUCCAAAUCUCCGCUACGCCAUGAGGGAGGCGGACAUCAUGGAGUAUGCUGUGAACUGCCAUGUCAUCACCUGGGAGAGGAUUAUCAGCCAUUUCGAUAUAUUUGCAUUUGGGCAUUUCUGGGGCUGGGCCAUGAAGGCCUUACUGAUCCGCAGUUAUGGCCUCUGCUGGACCAUCAGCAUCACCUGGGAGCUAACUGAGCUUUUCUUCAUGCAUCUGCUGCCCAAUUUCGCUGAGUGCUGGUGGGACCAGGUGGUCCUGGACAUCCUGCUGUGCAACGGCGGCGGCAUCUGGCUGGGCAUGGUCGUCUGCCGCUUCUUAGAGAUGAGGACCUACCACUGGGCCAGCUUCAGGGACAUCCACACCACCACGGGGAAAAUCAAAAGAGCCGUGCUGCAGUUCACGCCUGCCAGCUGGACCUACGUUCGAUGGUUCGACCCCAAGUCUUCAUUUCAGAGGGUGGCUGGGAUAUACCUGUUCAUGAUCAUCUGGCAGCUGACUGAGUUGAACACCUUCUUCUUGAAACAUAUCUUUGUGUUCCAAGCCGGUCAUCCACUGAGCUGGUGUAGGAUUCUCUUUAUUGGUGGCAUCACGGCGCCCACAGUGAGACAGUACUACGCUUACCUCACCGACACGCAGUGCAAGCGCGUGGGGACUCAGUGCUGGGUGUUUGGGGUCAUUGCUUUCCUGGAAGCUAUUGUUUGCAUAAAAUUUGGACAAGAUCUCUUCUCUAAGACACAGAUACUCUAUGUUGUGCUUUGGCUUCUUUGCGUGGCCUUCACCACCUUCCUGUGCCUGUACGGCAUGGUGUGGUACGCCGAGCACUGCGGCCACCGAGGAAAGACUUACUCCGAGUGUGAGGACGGCAGCUACAGCCCGGACAUUUCCUGGCCUCACGGGAAAGGCACAAAAGGUUCUGAAGACAGGCAUCCAGGCAACAGCGAAAGCCACUCUUCCCGAAGGAGGAACCGACAUUCCAAGUCCAAAGUCACCAACGGCGUUGGGAAGAAAUGAAAGACCCGGUUGGUCCGAGGUGUCCGGAGAGUGCCUAGAACGGAGAGGGACUCCGGUCAUUGCACCCCCCGCCAGGAGGGCACGGACGGCGCGGACGGAAGAGGAGAGGGGACCCCGGGGGUGUCACUAUCUGAGGGCGUCAGUCUUUCCCACGGCCACGGCCACGGCCACGGCCACGGCAGGCAGGCGCUGCCCGGGGCCCUGUGCCGAGGCGGGUCCCUCCUCCAGGUCCGCACUUGGCACGCGGUCACCAGCAGCAAGCGGGACACGGGUUCGAAGGAAAAAGCCGCUGCCCUCACCGCUGCCAAGAGCCACGCGUCCCUCGCCAGGGGGAUGGCCUCAGAGCUGAUGGCCCCGGGCGUUAGGAACCUGCCUUCCCACUCCAUUGGUUUACACUCAGGCCGCCUGUCUGUGUUUUAUUUUGUUGUUUAUUUUUAAGUCCGGAUGCUUGACCGCCCUCAAGCCACUGCUGGAGCUGAACUGGGGAGGGCCCGUCUUGUAGGCGAAGGGAAAGGAGGGCUUUUGCGUUACUGAGCAGCCACCCUCACCCCCCUGUUAGGCCUGACACCUCCCAGCAGGUGUGACCCAAUCUGAGGGGAGGGCAGCCGCCUACCAGGGGCCUGGGCUUCUGGUCGGAACCAGUUUGGUCCCGGUGGGACCCUCCCCGGCCACACUCCCCCACAGUGCACUCAGCGGGCCUGCUGGGGGCCGCCCCUCCGCAGCCAGGUGCCUUUGCCGUUCGUUGUUUCCUCCGUGGCGUGUCGCUGACAUUGUCUCUUGCUCCGUGUGAGGUGCUGGUGAGUGCUCCCUUCUCCACACCAGGCUCCCCCCUCUGCCAGCGCCUGUUUCCAGAAAAACAAUCCACAUUAAAGCCUGUCCAAGACCUGUC